AUGGCCGCUACUGUGAACCCAGCCGCCUCCUCGACCAUAGCGCCUGCGCAGCUACAGAUCUUCGACCGUAAGCAAGAGGAAUCGCCACUGCUUCGACUGCCCGCAGAGCUGCGCAAUCAGAUCUGGGAAUAUGUGUUCACUGGGUCCGAAUUUUGGGUGAAACGCUUUCGCAGUUUCUUCGAAAAUGUAUCAAGAAACAGCUCUGCUCCCCCUGCUCAAUUAAGCGUCUUUGCCAUAGGGCUCCCCGGAAGGAGCAUCGAGGAACUUAACGACCUGUCCUACAAGGUUCCACAUCCAUUCCAGAUGGUCACAGAUCGUACGACAGAGCAGCAGGUUGGUGCCGUCAGGGUUGUCCAUAUCAACUUGCACAAUCAUCUCGACGAAUUUUUUGUCUGCGAGAUCGAGCUACUGAAAGAACAAUCAAAAGGAUCAAGCAAUCGAUUUGAUGUCUUUCCAUUGGCGCGGCUUACUGGACUAAAACACGUGGGAGUACGGUUGGUUGAUCCCUACUUUUCUCCAUGGGAUCCGAUGUGUCUUCAAAAGGAACCUAUGAAAGCAUCAGUCAAGCGCACGGUCAAGAACAUGGGUGUCCAUAAAGAUGUGCAGAUUUCGGUCGACCUUGGUCGACAAUAUACACCACAUGAACGCCUUCCCUCAUGA